CAGAUUUGAUUCUACAUUCUUCAUAUCUCAUUAUUAUAUUAACAUGGAGUUUCCAGAAACUGGGAAAUAUUGUUCAAUGAAAGGCUGUCAGUUAUUGGACUUUUUGCCAUUUAUAUGCAAGCACUGUCAAGCUACAUUUUGUAAAGAACAUUUUCACACAAUAUUGCACAAGUGUCCAAAAACAAAGAAUCUAGAGCCAAAUUUGGAAAAGCCAUUAAAUUUCCUUUGCUCUAAAGAAUCUUGCAAAGAAGUAUCACUAAUACAGAUGUCUUGUAUCAAGUGCAAACAACAUUUCUGUUUGACACAUAGAUAUCAUGAAUGCUUCGAGUCAUUGAACAAAAUGGAGGAAACUAAAAAAUUGAAAAAAUGGCAAAUUCCAAAGAAACAGUUUGCAGAAGCAAAGGCUUUAGUAGAUCAACAGAUUACAGAUAAUUUAAAUAAAUCCAAAAAUACUGCAAUGGCAAAUAAAGUACAACUUAUGCGUGUGAAAGGAUCUGCAAUUGGUUCAAAAAAUAUACCAAUGACUGAGAGAUGUUAUUUCCAUGUAUAUUUACCACUUACAAUAAAAAAUAAACAUAUAGGUACUUCCAAAGGUAUCUUUGUUAACAUGCAGUGGACAAUUGGCAAAUGUAUAGAUUCAAUGGCUGACAUACUUAAAGUACCCAAUAAUAAUAAUACAACUCCUAUGAAUAAAUUACAACUCUACCAUCAUUCUAAUGGAGCUCUAAUAUGUAAUGAAAUGGAUAUAUCUUUAGCAAAAUUAUUUGAAAACUCUACUAUUGUUGAUGGACAGCGAGUUGUUUUGGAGUAUUCUGAUAAUGUACCUAUAGAAACAUCAUUAUAUAAAUAAAUUUACUUAUAUA